GUCAAAACAAAUCAGAAAAAAAUAUUGACGUGUAAGUUUUCCUGAUGGGAGAUCUGCGGCGGUCGUUUUCCAAAAACUCGUAGAUUUCGAAGUGGAAUUGAAGCUUUCUGGCGAAGAUAUUCAAAUAUUUGGCUCAGGCUGCAGCUGACGACGAUUAAUGAACUUUCUGAAAAGUGGUCUCCAAACGGUGCUGGGCUCGCAAGAGCCUGGCACCCUCCCAACGGGAGCCGAAACCGUGGAACGAUUGGUCGAGCGUGUCAGCUCAUCGACGUUGCUGGAAGACCGACGGGAUGCUUGCCGAGCACUGAGGGCCUUGUCGAAGAAGUACCGUGUGGAAGUGGGAGUUCAAGGAUUUCCGGCACUGCUGCAAGUCAUGGAAAUGGACCGUGCCGAUCCGGAAAUUAUCGGAUACUGUUUAGACACAUUGUGUCAUGUUACGUCAAGGGAACCGUUUGAAGAGGAAGCAGACAACCCCAACAUAACGGUUAAUAUAGGAGAGCAAUUUACGGAAAUAUUCAUCAAAUCCAGUGAAAACGUAACACUGGUGCUGAGCUGUUUGGAGGAAUAUGAUUUCCGUGUGCGAUGGUCAGCGAUUAAACUGCUGACUGGGCUGUUAGCGAAUAAGCCUAAGGAAAUUCAGGAAAUUGUUCUGGUUAGCCCUAUGGGAGUGUCGAAGCUGAUGGAUUUACUAAUUGAUAGUCGGGAGGUGAUAAGAAACGAUGCUCUUCUACUGCUGAUUCAACUGACAAAAGGAAAUGCAAACAUCCAAAAGAUUGUAGCGUUUGAAAAUGCAUUUGAUCGGUUGUUUGACGUCAUCAAAGAAGAAGGAAGCUCAGAUGGUGGAAUCGUUGUUGAGGAUUGCUUGCUCUUGAUGCUGAAUUUGCUGAAGAACAACCCGAGUAAUCAGCAAUUUUUCAAAGAAGGAUCUUACAUACAAAGGUUGGCACCGAUGUUCGUCAUUCCACCAGAACAAGAAGAAAUAGGAAUGACUCCUCAGAAGAUUUCAAAUCUGUUGCGCAUGCUUCAGAUAGUGAGGGCUUUGGUUAGUCCCAGCAAUUCCCAACAGGUCGUUUCAUCGUGUCAGAAAGCUAUGCGAAGUUCCGGUCUUUUGGAAGGUCUGUGCAACAUAAUCAUGGGCAGUGGGGUGUCUCCAGAUAUUCUCACCGAAACGAUUAACACGGUGGCAGAAGUCAUACGCGGAGAUGUGAAUAAUCAGGAGUAUUUCAACUCGGUAAUGGCGCCAAGUAAUCCACCACGACCAGCGCUCAUUGUUCUCCUAAUGUCCAUGGUUAACGAGAAGCAGCCCCUACCGUUGCGUUGCGCCGUAUUGUAUUGUUUCCAAAGCUUCUUGUACAAAAAUGAAUCUGGUCAGAAUGCACUCGUUCAAACAUUACUACCGUCGACAGCGCAAAUAUCGUCACUCACAUCUGGCCAGUUGUUGUGCGGAGGUCUCUUCAGUACAGAUCCUCUAUCCAAUUGGUUUUCAGCCGUUUCAUUAGCACAUGCUCUGCUCGAAAAUCCUACGCAGAAAGAACAACUGCUUCGCGUACUGUUGGCCACAUCCGUGGGAAGCACCCCAGUGUCGCUUCUUCAGCAAUGUACUCAGCUUUUACAGCAGGCCAACUGUAAAUUCCAGAGCAAAGUCGCUCUACUCAUGCUUUUAGCUGUUUGGUUAAGCCACUGCCAACUCGCUGUUAAAACAUUCCUAUCGUCUCCAGGAAGUGUAGCAUAUCUGAUUGCGCAGAUAGCUGCCAACGAGCACGACGACAACGAAUAUCUGAUUCAGGGGCUUUGUGCCUUUUUGAUGGGAAUUUGCAUCCAGUUUAACGAUAACAGCGUCCAGGGUAGCAAACGCGAAGACCUCUGUCAGUUGCUGAUCAAACGCAUCGGACUGGAAACGUUCAGUGCCAAGUUGGGCGAAGUGUCCAAGCAUGAGAACUACAGUCGUUCGGCGAAGCAGCCACAAAUUAGGAUACGAUCCAGCACGGAUCUGCUGCUGGAUUAUGAAUUUUGCAAAUUGUUCAAGGCACUGGAAUCCGUUAUUACCAUUACGGUAAAUGGCUUUGGCAGUGGAGCUGACAACAUUAACGAGCUCACCCUUAGUCAGGAAGCAUCGGGACUGGUUGGACAGUAUAAGGAUAUCAUACGGGAUCAGGAUAGCCGAUUACAAAAACUUCAAGAACAGAUGAAAAACUUUGAAGCGGAAAAUGUGCAAUUGAAGGUACAACUUGAACAAGCGCACAACACCAACGCUCAGUUGUCGGAUCAGAACAUAUUGCUUAAGGCUCAACUACAAGCGGCCUCAGAUCUGCAGAAAAGCCAACAACAAUCUCCAUUCCAUUUACUUCCUACUCAAGGCGAGAACGUAAACCAACAAGUGGAAGCACUCGAAAGCAAGCUGGCGGCAGUCACCAUCCAACAGCAAGAUCAGCAAUCGAGAGCUAGCUACUUUGAAGCGGAAAAUAGGCGAUUGUUGGGCGAACUGGAACAACUCAGGCAACGGGUAACCGAGGCGGAAAAAUCCGCCGAAGAAGGUAAAAGCGACCUGGAAAAAUUGCAGAAGGAUCAGGAAGAUUUGAUGGAACUGCUAACCGAUCAAGAGAACAAAAUGAGAAGCUAUCGGCAGACGUUGAAAAAUCUGGGACACAAAGUUGACGACGACAGUGAAGAAGACGAACCAGAUACCGAUGGUAAUAAGAACGUGGACCUUUUGCAAUAAGUAUUUCUCCAAACAAAUUGAUAGCUUGUUAUUCCUUGUUUUUUUGCGUAUACAUUAACAUAGAAAUGUUGCAUGUUCGACCUUGGUAGCCACAUUGAUAAAUCAACAAUAUGCAGAACAGAAAACUUGCAUAUUUACCAUCCGCUUAUUAAAAUAAAGUAUUUCAACCCAA